AUGGCAAUUGAUGAUUAUGGAUUCCUCUGCCCUCCUGGCAACGAGGAAUACGAGCCCAUAUACCGCAAUCCUUCACACUACAACCCCCUCGACACAUUCAAGCUACCGACUGGGCCUGACCGGCACUACCAGCAGCAAUAUGGCGACAUGUACUUCCUGCGUCUUGCGAAGCUAAAGCCCGCGGUAGAACAAGUUGCGAAAGAGGCAUGGGGUGAAAUCAAGCGGAGUUACGCCUAUGAUCAGAUUGCUGGUGAGCAUGCGCGACGUGUGGAACGAGUGCUCGAUGUGCGACAGGGCGAGCUGUGCUGGGUGGCCGGCACUGUCUACAUGGACAUGCCCUUGAAGCCCAAUAUUUUGGACGACUUGACCAAAGAGAACUUCACUUCCGCUCCUCCCCCGCGCCGAACCUAUACCGACCCGUCGGACCCAUCAUCAACCCAGAUCAUGUUGGAAGAUGAAUCUGGCCGCCUGCGUUUAGCUGGUUCUUUCCUAUCAUCCACACAGGUGGCUACAGGGGCUAUCAUUGCGGCCCUGGGAACAGAGAAUGCGAAUGGAGACUUUGAAGUAAUCGACUUUAAGGUCCCGGACUUGGCCCGACAGCCUCAACGGUGGGAGAGAGGUAGUGCAUCAUCAACAGAUACGGAUAAGACUGGAGAAGGCAAAGGCAAAAUUGCGUUCGUCAGCGGGCUAGGCAUUACAGGGACAUCAAGUGACACGCUGACAUUGGAGCUUCUCACGGAUUAUUUACUCGGAUAUACAGGGGUUUCUGGCAGCGAGGGAAAUAGCCCAUCAUCAAGUGCGUCAAGGAUCUCACGACUCAUCAUUGCGGGCAACUCCCUUGGAGCAAGCGUGACAACCGAGGCAGUGCCAGGUGAUUCUGAAACCGCAGCAAAGAAAAAGCUCGCACCGAAGAAAUACGGUUACGAUGCUUCUGCAUAUAACGCUUCCCCGAUCACACAGCUCGACAAUUUCCUGGCAGAGAUCCUACCCAGCAUUCCUGUGACCCUCAUGCCCGGCGAGAAAGACCCUGCAAAUUUCUCUCUACCACAGCAAGGAAUCCAUCGUGCCAUGUUCCCGCAGGCUAGGGCAUAUUGUGCACCUCCACCCUCUGGUGAAACCAAAGCUGAGCCCGGUUGGUUUGACAGCGUCACAAACCCCUGGGAGGGCGAUGUAGAGGGAUGGCGGCUUUGGGGCUGCAGCGGACAAAAUGUGGACGAUGUACUCAGGUAUUUGGAUUUUGCUGGCAAUGAUAGCACCCCGGAUAACGAGACCGAUGAUUCUGAGGCCCGCCUACGGAUUAUGGAUGCAAUGCUCCGAUGGCGAUGCGGCGUCCCUACUGCUCCUGACACGAUUUGGUCAUAUCCCUUCCAAGAAAAUGAUCCUUUUGUCCUUGAAUCCUGUCCGCAUCUUUUUUUCACCGGAAACCAGCCCUCCUUCAAAACGGCUGUGAUCGAGGGGAAUCUUCCUCCCCGCAUGGAUGAGGGUGAUACCGAGAUGGUAGACUCGGAUGAUUCUUCCGUUGCUCGUGUACGACUGUUAUCAAUUCCAAAGUUCAAGGAAACCGGAGAAUUGAUUUUGGUUGAUGCUGAAACGCUCGAGGUUGAGGUAAUCCGAUUUGCCCUUUCAACAUCCAAGGUGCUCUUGGUUCCAUACUCGACAUGGCACGUUCCCAGAUACCACGAGUGGAUGAAAGACGAGGAAAUUCAAGAAGCAACUGCAUCGGAGCCACUGUCUCUAGAAGAGGAAUAUGCCAUGCAGCGCAGCUGGCGGCAAGACGCGGAUAAAUUGACCUUUAUCGUCUGUCGCUCCGUAUCAGCUUCAAUAGAACAAGCGAAACUAUCUGCCGAAAGCGAUUCCCCAGAAAAGAUGGUUGGCGACAUCAAUCUAUUCCUCCGCGUCGAUGAUGGCGAGGAUGGAGACGCGCAGCCAGAGAUCGUCGGUGAAAUCGAGCUCAUGAUCGCAGAGAAAGUAAAUCAGCGGCGUGGAUUCGGUAAAGCCGCGCUUGUUACUUUCAUGAGAUAUGUUGUUGAGCGGCAAACUAUGAUUCUGGAGGAGUUUGUCAGAGGUGACGUCGAUUCUGAGACUGAGACUAAGCUGAGAGCGGCGACAGGCACUCUGUCGUUUUCAUGCUUGAGUGUUAAAAUCGGGCAGUCGAAUACUCGCAGCCUUGCACUAUUCGAAAGUCUUGGCUUCCAAAAAUUAUCGGCGGAACCUAACUUUUUUGGAGAGUUUGAACUGCGAAGAACAGAGUUGAGUCUGGAGUCUGUUAAUGAAGCACUUGGUACGGCUGGUGCCGAGAAUUAUGCCGAAGUACCUUAUAAACGCAAAGAAUAG